AUGGCCACCGCCGCGUUACUCCGUUCCCUACGACGUCGUGACAUCGCAUCGGUCCCUCUCUGUGCCUACCGAUCCUUGAAUAGCACUUCUAAUUCAUCACAUCUUGUUCAAAAAUGGGGAAGCUUGGCAAGAACUUUCAGUUCCAAACCUGCUGGAAAUGAUGUUAUUGGCAUUGACUUGGGUACUACCAACUCAUGCGUGGCUGUGAUGGAAGGAAAGAACCCCAAAGUCAUUGAGAAUUCUGAAGGAGCUCGAACCACACCAUCAGUGGUUGCUUUCAACCAGAAAGGAGAACUAUUGGUUGGUACUCCAGCAAAACGUCAAGCUGUCACGAAUCCCACAAACACAGUUUUUGGAACCAAGCGUCUGAUCGGUAGGCGCUUUGAUGAUCCCCAGACUCAAAAAGAAAUGAAGAUGGUUCCAUACAAGAUAGUGAAAGCUCCAAAUGGAGAUGCUUGGGUUGAAGUCAAUGGUCAGCAGUACUCCCCAAGCCAAAUUGGAGCCUUUGUCCUAACAAAGAUGAAAGAGACUGCGGAGGCUUACCUUGGAAAGAGUGUAACAAAAGCUGUGAUUACAGUUCCAGCCUAUUUCAAUGAUGCGCAGAGGCAAGCAACAAAGGAUGCUGGCAGAAUUGCUGGUCUAGAUGUACAGAGAAUCAUAAAUGAGCCUACUGCUGCUGCACUUUCCUAUGGUAUGAACAACAAGGAAGGGCUAAUAGCUGUGUUUGAUCUUGGUGGUGGAACAUUCGAUGUAUCCAUUCUGGAGAUAUCCAAUGGCGUUUUUGAGGUGAAAGCAACAAAUGGCGACACAUUCCUGGGAGGAGAGGAUUUUGACAAUGCUUUGCUGGACUUCUUGGUGAGUGAAUUCAAGAGGACUGAGGGGAUUGAUUUGGCAAAGGAUAGGCUUGCCUUGCAGAGGCUUAGGGAGGCAGCUGAGAAGGCGAAGAUUGAACUUUCAUCAACAUCACAAACUGAGAUUAACCUUCCCUUCAUUACAGCUGAUGCUUCAGGUGCUAAACAUCUGAACAUCACGUUGACCAGAUCCAAAUUUGAAAGUCUGGUAAAUCACUUGAUUGAGAGGACAAAGGCUCCAUGUAAGAAUUGUCUGAAGGAUGCUAAUACGUCUAUUAAGGAUGUCGACGAGGUCCUUCUUGUUGGAGGGAUGACACGUGUUCCCAAAGUGCAAGAGGUUGUUACACAGAUAUUUGGCAAGAGCCCAAGCAAAGGAGUGAAUCCUGAUGAGGCUGUUGCUAUGGGAGCUGCCAUCCAAGGUGGUAUCCUUCGUGGUGAUGUUAAGGAGUUGCUUCUUCUUGAUGUCACUCCUCUAUCGCUGGGCAUUGAAACAUUGGGUGGAAUCUUCACCAGGUUGAUUAGCCGCAACACAACAAUUCCAACAAAGAAGAGUCAGGUAUUUUCAACCGCGGCUGACAACCAAACUCAAGUGGGUAUCAAGGUGCUACAAGGAGAGCGUGAGAUGGCUUCUGACAACAAGAUGUUAGGAGAGUUUGAACUCGUGGGCAUUCCUCCAGCACCAAGGGGCAUGCCUCAGAUUGAAGUCACCUUCGAUAUUGAUGCCAAUGGUAUUGUCACUGUUUCUGCCAAGGACAAGGCCACCAGCAAAGAACAGCAGAUUACCAUUCGCUCGUCUGGAGGGCUUUCUGAAGAUGAGAUUGAGAAGAUGGUCAGGGAAGCCGAGCUACAUGCUCAGAAAGAUCAAGAGAGGAAAGCUCUAAUUGACAUCAGAAAUAGUGCCGAUACUACCAUCUACAGUAUCGAGAAGAGCUUGAAUGAGUAUCGUGACAAGAUCCCAAAUGAAGUUGCCAAAGAAAUUGAGGACGCAGUUGCAGAAUUGAGGACGGCAAUUGGAGGGGACAAUGCUGAAGAAAUUAAGGCCAAGCUUGAGGCUGCAAACAAAGCUGUUUCUAAGAUUGGGGAGCACAUGUCACGCGGUUCAGGCGGUGACUCUUCUUCCGGUGGACCAGGGACAGAGGGUGGAGACCAAGCUCCCGAGGCAGAUUACGAAGAAGUGAAAAAGUGA